ACCAAGGCAGCCAGGAAGAAGCUUGUUUGUUAGCUUUAGCUCCAGCUGAAGUUUCGAUAGUUUAUCGAAGCAAAAAUAUUCACACACGUUACCGUGUCAAACAUUUAGUCUUUGCACGAAAAUUUAUCGAACAGCAACGUCGUUGUCUAUUUUUUUCUAGGUUUCUAUUAGCUGUCACUUUUUGGGUUAGCUUUGUGGGUGCUAAUGUAGCAUUUCUGGCUCGCAUUUAGCUCUUCCAACAUAAAUAAAACGUGUCCGUCUCCGUCGUGUUUGUUGCCGCACCGCAGCAGCUAUUAUGAACAACAGAAAAGGUUAAACUUUUCUACCUCUCGGACCUUUCGUCAUGGGCACUGCGUCUUCUUUGGUCAGUCCGGGAGGAGAAGUGAUUGAAGACGGAUAUGGUGGUGACGGAGGAGAAGCUUGUGAAAUACCGGUUGAAGUGAAGCCCAAAGCCCGACUCCUGCGGAGCUCGUUCCGCCGAGGACCUCGCGUGAUCGGGGCCAGUUUCAAAUCCACGGGAUCCGUGGAUCUAGAAUAUGCCGCCGAGUACGAGAGACUCCGUAAAGAGUACGAAAUCUUCCGUGUCAGCAAGAAUAAUGAGGUCGCAUCUAUGCAAAGGAAGGAAGCCAAACUGGAUGAGGAGAACAAGAGGCUGAGGGCUGAGUUACAGGCUCUACAGAAGACCUAUCAGAAGAUCCUCAGAGAAAAAGAAGCUGCUCUUGAGGCCAAGUACCAAGCUAUGGAGAGGGCGGUCACUGUUGAACAUGACAGGGACAAAGUAAAACGACAGUUUAAGAUUUUUCGGGAGACAAAAGAGAAAGAGAUCCAGGACCUCCUUCGGGCUAAGAGGGAUUUAGAGGCCAAACUGCAACAGCUGCAGUCUCAGGGAAUCUAUGUCUAUAGUCCGAAUGGUUCUGACUCAGAUGAUAACCAAACCACAGUGACUGCUGGAGGAACGCAGUGUGAAUACUGGACUGGUGGGGUGUUGGGAAGUGAACCAUCUAUGGGUAGCAUGAUGCAGCUGCAGCAGACUUUCAGGGGACCAGAGUUUGCACACAGUUUAAUUGAUGUGGAAGGACCAUUUGCAAAUGUGAGCAGAGAUGACUGGGAUGCUGCGGUCGCCAGUCUUCUUCAGGUAUCACCUCAUGUCCCCCAGGCCUUAUGGAGUAACACUGUGCGCUGCUACCUCAUCUCCACACAGGACACCAAAGCUGAGCUCGAUAUCUUUAUCAAGAAACACUCUUCAGAGUUACGUCAGAUGUGUGAGUGUUUGGGCCAUUUCUACCUAAACGUUUACUUCCCAGAGGAGACGGCUGCUUCGUACAUCACGGAGCGCAAACAGGAGAUCGAAAAGAGCUCCGUGUGCGUGCUUCUCCUCAAGUCCACUGUUACCAGCUCUGUGAUCGAGGAUUGUGAGGAGGCUUUUGUGAGGAAUCUGGAUGGCCACUCACUGGUGCUGUACCUUCGGACUGAAGGGGAUGGCGGUUUGACUGAACCCAUCAGGCAGCUGUUGGAGAAGGUCAACACAGCAGACAAGGCUGCCAAAGUUAAGGUGGUGGAUCAUAGUGGCUUAGCAGAAGACGGCGCUAACCUCAUUUAUACUCAGCUGAAGAAAGUCAUUAAGCAGGAGUUGCUGGGUUUCGAAGGAGCAGAUGCGGACUCUAAGGACGCUGUCGUAGACGAAGGACAUGAGGAGGACUCUGGAGACGUGCUGUGGGACCUGCAUGAUGAACAGGAGCAGAUUGAAUCCUAUCAGCAGGCCUGUAACAGCACUGCCUCCCAGUUAGGCUUCCAGAAGUAUAUAGAUCGUUUGAAUGAUAUGAUAGCUGCCCCACCUCCCACACCACCUCUGCUGGUUUCUGGUGGGCCAGGCUCGGGAAAGUCCCUCCUGCUUUCCAAGUGGGUUGAGCUGCAACAGAAACAAUCCCCCAACUCCUUGUUCCUUUAUCAUUUUGUCGGCCGCCCACUUUCCACGAGCUCAGAGCCAGUUCUCAUUAUCAAACGCCUCACAGUCAAACUGCUGCAGCAUUUCUGGUCCCUUUCUGGUUUAACCAUGGAUCCCAGUAAAACCUUGGAGGAGUUUCCCCGCUGGCUUGAAAGACUGUCGGCACGGCAUCAAGGAAACAUCAUCAUCAUCAUCGACUCAAUUGACCAAAUACACCAAGCAGAAAGGCACAUGAAGUGGCUGAUUGACCCCCUCCCUGUUAAUGUCAGAGUUGUGGUUUCUGUCAAUGUAGAGACAUGUCCUCAAGCUUGGAGAUUGUGGCCCACACUCCACUUAGAUCCACUCAGUCCUAGAGAAGUCAAGAGCGUAGUCACCGCAGAGUGUCAGAGCAUGGGUCUUAAACUGACCAAAGACCAGGAAAAAAAACUGGAAAGGCACUGCCGCUCUGCAUCGACCUGCAAUGCAUCAUAUGUCACACUGCUGGCAAGGAUGAUCGCAAGUGACAGAUGUGACUUGUCUCUGGAGAAGAGCCUGGAGCAGUGUCUGCUGUGUCAGGACUCCAUGUCUCUCUAUCGCUUGGCGCUCAACAUGACGCUACGUUCCCUCAGCACAGACACAGAGAGACGUGUGAUGAAAGAGAUGCUGUGCCUUGUAUUUGCCAGCCAUAAUGGAGUGAGUGAAUCAGAAAUAUUGGAUUUUUUCCCAGAGCUGGAGUUACCCGUGCUGUCGUUUCUGCUCCACCGCCUGAACAGACUCUGCAUCACAACCCUCCGCUGUGGACUCGUCACUUUUCAGCAUCUGCAGGCUUGUGAGGCUGUGAGACUGGAGUUCCUGAGUGGAGGAAGCAGCUCUGCGUCCUACAGAGAGAAACUUAUUCAUUACUUCAGCCAGCAGCUGAGUCAGGACCGUGUGACGUGGCGGGUCGCAGAUGAACUACCCUGGCUGCUCCAGCAGCAGGAGGAACAAACUAAACUCCAGCUCUGUCUUUUGAAUCUGUUUGUCUCCCAAAAUCUCUACAAGAGGGGUCAUUUCUCUGAGCUGCUGGCCUAUUGGCAGCACGUGGGCAAAGACAAAAGUUCCAUGGCGACAGAGUACUUUGACUCUCUGAAAAACUACGAGAAGAGCUGCGAGAGUGAAGAAGACAUGACCAAACUCGCAAACCUGUACGAAACUCUGGGGCGUUUUCUCAAAGACUUGGGCCUCCCGAGUCAGGCUGUGGCACCUUUACAUAGAUCUCUUGAGAUCAGAGAGACAGCCCUGGACCCAGACCAUCCCAGCGUAGCGCGCUCUCUGCACCAGCUGGCCGGAGUUUACGUCAAAUGGAAGAAAUACGGGAAUGCCGAGCAGCUGUACAAGCAAGCGCUCGAGAUAAGCGAGAAUGCCUUCGGGGCAGAACAUCCCAGCGUGGCCCGGGAGCUCGAGUCACUCGCUGUGCUCUAUCAGAAACAAAACAAGUAUGAACAAGCUGAGAAACUCAAGAAGAGGUCAGUUAAGAUCCGGCAGAAGACUGCACGCCAGAAAGGUCAUAUGUAUGGCUUCACUCUGCUGAGACGCAGAGCCCUCCAGCUGGAGGAGCUGACUCUGGGAAAAGACUCUGCAGAUUCUGCCAAAACACUCAACGAGCUGGGCGUCCUCUACUACCUCCAAAACAACCUGGAUGCAGCAAAAGUGUUCCUGACCCGCUCACUGGAGAUGCGCCAGCGUGUCUUCGGCCCGGAUCACCCCGACUGCGCUCAGUCCCUCAACAACCUGGCUGCGCUGCACACCGAGAGGAGGGAGUACGAGACGGCCGAGGACAUGUACGAGAGGGCGCUGGAGAUCCGCAAGAAAGCCCUGUCGCCAGACCACCCCUCUCUGGCGUACACGCUCAAACACCUGGCCAUGCUCUAUAAACGCAGAGGGAAGCUGGAGAAAGCAGUUCCACUUUAUGAGUUAUCUUUAGAGAUCAGGGAGAAGAGUUUUGGUCCUAAACAUCCGAGUGUAGCCACAGCACUGGUCAACCUCGCUGUAAUCUACUGUCAGCUGAAGAAGCACAGCGAGGCCUUGCCCCUGUAUGAACGAGCACUCAAAGUGUACGAGAAUAGUUUAGGCCGCUCACAUCCACGAGUUGGAGAAACCCUAAAGAACCUGGCUGUGCUUAGUUUUGAGAGGGGUGACUUUGAGCGAGCAGCUGAGCUUUAUAAGCGCGCGAUGGAGAUUAAAGAGGCGGAGCCAUCGUUAGUGUGUGGCAACGCCCCGUCGCGCCACUCCUCCAGUGGAGACACAUUCAGCGUGAAGGGGCCAGCUCCACUGCCACAUGCUCCGAGGUGAACCUGAUGGUGCCACCUGUCCAAAAGUACUAUAAACAGAACUCAAACAGAACUUUUUUGCCUCAUCUCAAAAAAAGAAUCAACAGAUCGUCAUGGUUUACUGAGGUACUGCGUAGUUUCUACACAUCCUCACAUCAGAAACUAUAGUUUUUUGUUAGUUUUUUUACAUGGAUUUGUUAUUUUAGUGAGACACUACAUCAGUCCCCUUUUACAAGCUUGGAUUUUUGGAACUCAAAUUUUAACUUAAAAAUAUUUGUUGCCAUUUAUUUUUCUCAACUUUGUGCCAACGGACACUUUCAGUUUUAGUUAUCGAUUGUAUGCACUUUAUUUUUUGUAUUUAUAGCUCAAGUGAACAACUUCAAAAGUCAAACAUAUAAAAAAAACUUCUMAAAAAAAAAAAAAAAAGCCAGGACUAGAAGACUUCAAGCACUUUUUGUUGUCAAAUCUACAACAGUAAGUUGCAAGUACAAUCAAAUGUGUAUUUAAAACAAAUCGUAUUCUAUCUUCAAGUACAAGGACACCUACCGUUUACAUAACCUUGGUUGUUCAUUAAUAAAAAUAGAACAAAUCGAAGUCCAAAACAAGUUAGAGAAAGGUUGUCUGAGGAGACAUUUUCUCUGAUGUAGCUGUUUACAUGAAAACACUAUGUUUGCAUUUAUCGUUUAACCAGAGAAACUGUAAGGAUGCUGCCAAAAACACGUUUGUGCCAUUUAAAUUCACCUAAAUUCCAAUGCAAUAAAUGUCCUACCUGAACCAGA